AUGUGGCCGGCCAAAAAUACUCAACAAUACCCAAGUCAAGAAAUAUCAACGUUAGAAUCAAGUCUACCAAAUGAAUUGUAUGACUUUAUUUUUCUUUAUUUAAAAGCAAUUGAUAUUAUUUAUUCAUUUUUCAAUUUAAAUGGUCGUUUUAAUAAUCUUAUUUAUCCAUUUUUAUGCGCAGUAGAUCUAUCCAAUGUCGAUGAACGUACCUUGAACAAGUGUUGUCAAACAAUUUUACCAAAAAUUCAUCAUUAUAUCAAAGCAAUUAAAGUUGAUGAUAAAAAUAUUGACUCGAUUUUUCCCUUAUCAUUAUAUUCUAAAAUAUAUCCGAAUCUUGAAUCAGUUUUUAUAACGAAAGUUAAAAUCGAUGGUAAAUAUUUAUCAUAUUUAAAACUAUUUAAACAAUUACUUAAUUUAAAAAUUUAUUUUGAUACAGAAGAAAUUAAUAAAACUGUAUCAAACGAAUUAUGUUUAAAUCUGUUUCAAUCUGCUUGUCGACUAGAAACAUUAUUUUUUGAUCAAAUUUACGUACCCAUCAAUACUCAUUUCAUUCAACUAUGUUUUUCUGUUAGAAAGUUAACAAUAAAAGUACUUUAUUUCCAUCAUAUAUAUAUUCUGUUAAACAAAUUACCUUCAAUCGAAUCUGUAAAUAUUGCGAUGCCGUGUGUUGCUAGCCACAGACAGCAGCAGUUACUACUACUAGAAAAGUACAUUGAAUUUAAUUACAAUCAAAAUAUUCCUUCGACAUUAUCAAAAUUAAAACAUUUUGUGUUCUACGCUGUUUUUAAUGCUAAUUAUGAUUAUUUAGAAUUGUUAUUGUCUCAUUGUUGCCCUAAUGUAGAAUACUUAUCAUUGAAAGUAUAUAUUAAUCAAUUUAUUGAUGGCGAACGUUUAGAAAAAAUGUUAUUAUCAAAACUAACAAAACUGAAAGUAUUUCAUUUCUGUUUUCGUAUUCCAGUUGUUGAUAGUACAUUGAACAUAGACGAUUAUAUUCAAACAUACAAAUCGUCUUAUUGGAUUGAUAAUAAUCAUUCGAUUUUAUGUUUUAAUCAACCGUUGCAUCGUCGAUAUUGUGUAUUUUCAUUACCCUUUAUGUUUGAUAAAUUUUGUUUUGUUUCCAAUGAUCUAGUUAAUUAUCGAUCAAAUGUCAACGAUGAUAUUUUGUUAUACAGUAAACAAAACAAAGCAGAUAUGAUUAGUUUCUCUGAUGAUACAGUUCCGUAUACAUUCGAAUUAUUUCAGAUUAUCCAAAAAUCAUUUCCAAGAGCAACAGAACUAAUGUUUGAGGCAGCUCAUGUUCGUUGUUUAAGUGAUAAUAUACUGCAUAAUGAACUGGUGAUGGAAAACAUCGUCACCGUGACGUAUAUGUUCAAGCAAUUAGAAUUUAAAUAUUUCAGACGACUAUUAUUACUGACACCAAACAUUCAAACGUUAUACAUACUAGAGAGUUUAGUGUUAGAUGUAUUGAGAAAAUCAGAAGACUCUUCUUUUCAACAAUUACAAUCAGCAUGUAGUCGUAUCAGAUGUGUCGGUAUUGGCAAACCCUCAUUUGAAUACGAUGCUGUAAACGACUAUAGUGUAAAAGUAUUAUUUCCAAAUGCUGAACUUUUUGGAGAAUGGAGAUAA